AGAAUCCUGAUUCAGAUCUCGUCGUUCCUCCGUCUCCACUUGUUCAGAUCUGAAUCUCGUUGUUCUUCAAAUCAAUAUUAUUCUUGUUUCUUUGAUCUGGGUUUCGUUUCUUAUAUUUGUAAGGAACAUGGCAAAUGUCGAUUUGCCUUCUCGGCUAUUUGCGGACAGGCAAGAACCUGCCGGUGAUCGGGUGAAAAUGUACUUCAAGUUAAACACAAUUAAGGCGGUACUGAAGGCGUUGACGACGGAAGAGCUUGAUACCAUUCGUCCUUGUUUUGGGAAACUGCUUGAUAUAUACUCUAAGCCUGUUUUCUCUGGAAAAUUAGCGCACUUUCUCCUCACCCGCCAGCUGAAUGUUGUUAAACGCCAUGAAAUUUGGGUCAUUUUUGCCGGAAAGCCAAUAAGAUUCUCUCUGAGAGAGUUCGGGUUGGUUACUGGUCUCAACUGCAGCCCUCUCCCGCCUCUAGACCAGUCCCUGCUUAAAUCUCCUCCUGGUGUGACGCCGUACUGGUUUACUCUUUUCGGGGGAGAGGAAUAUUUCAUCGGCGAGAUGUUACUUGCAAAACUGUGAAGGCCGAAAGAGUUGUCCCCUGAGUUGCGUGUUAAAUAUGCUUGUUUACUCCUUGUUGAUGGUUUACAUGUAUAUAAAUGUUAAUAACGCUC